GCGCUGGCUCGGACGGCUCCCUGCUUCCUUGUUUUAUUUUUAUUUUAAUUAUUAUUAUUAUUACUUUUUUUUUUUCUCGUCACAACAACUACCCAAUUUCUUCAAAGCAGAGAUUUACAAAUCAUCCUCGGCUCAUAGCGUUGUUUUUGUGAUACGUUCAAGGUCAAAUGAGGAGGAGCGCGCUGCUGCUGGCGGGGCUGCUGCUCGGCUGGGCCCUAACGAUGCCGCCCCGCGUGGACGGGGCCAAGGGCGGUGGAGGUGGCCGGGGCCGGGGUGGCGCCAGGGGCCGCGGUCGCAUCUACACCGGCUCGCGCAUGCCGAUACCCAUACCCAACCGCAACCCCGGCGCUAUCAACUACUACGAGAACAAGGACGGAGCCAGAAUAACAAAGGCGUCGCACUUUGAGCUCGACUACAUGCUGGGCCGGAAGAUUACCUUUUUCUGCAUGGCCACGGGCAUUCCCCGGCCGGAGAUCACUUGGUUCAAGGACGGCGUCGAGCUUUACCACCACCGAUUUUUCCAGGUGCACGAGUGGCCGAUCGGCAACGACACGAUCAAGUCCAAAAUGGAGAUCGACCCGACCACGCAAAAGGACGCCGGCUACUACGAGUGCCAGGCCGACAACCAAUACGCCGUGGAUCGGCGAGGCUUCAGGACGGACUACGUCAUGAUAUCGUAUUGACCCGCCCCUAUCUGUUUUUAUCUCCGCUGCUUCCUGUACGAUUAUGUAUAUUUCAUUCCACGGGGGAAAGCAAGUGAAAUUGUUUUGGUUGCUGCUCCGAUUUUAUUGUUAUGUUGUGUACGUGAGUAAAGUAUAAUUGUUGUACAGUAGUUUUGAUGUUUUAGUUAUAAUUUCUUCGAGUAUAGCGUUGCACUCCGAGUGUUGGUCAGUCGAGGAUUAUAGGAUCCCAAAGUCAAGAUUUCUAUUGUUUGGCGUCAAAACUUUUGAUUGAUGCAAACAGGAUUUGCGUUUACAGAAGUUUUUACGUGUUAGGGAGUAUUUACUCACAAGACUGAAAUCGACUGGACUUUUGCAAAAAAAGUGAGCCAA